AUGGAGUCUGAAAAUGGGGAUUUGGAAUCCAAGAUGGACGGCUAUGAAGUUAUCGAGCAGAUUGGGAGAGGUGCUUUUGGGGCUGCAUUUCUUGUGCUCAACAAAACCGAGAAUAAGAAGUAUGUUCUCAAGAAAAUUCGUCUUAACAAGCAAACAGAGAAGUUCAAGCGUACAGCGCACCAGGAGAUGAACUUGAUUGCAAAACUACAACAUCCUUAUAUUGUUGAGUAUAAAGAUGCUUGGGUGGAUAAGGGAAACUAUAUAUGCAUCGUAACCAACUAUUGUGAAGGUGGUGACAUGUCCGAGAUAAUCAGAAGGACAAGAGGGGCAUAUUUUCUGGAGGAGAAAAUAUGCAAGUGGCUAACUCAAUUGUUGUUAGCAAUCGACUAUCUCCACUCUAAUCGUGUCCUUCACAGGGAUCUAAAGUUAUCCAACAUAUUUCUCACAAAGGAAAAUGAUAUACGUCUUGGUGAUUUUGGGUUGGCAAAACUUCUCGAUGAUGGUGGUCUUGCUUCUUCGGUUGUGGGAACACCCAAUUAUAUGUGCCCGGAGCUCCUUGCUGAUAUCCCCUAUGGCUAUAAAUCGGACAUUUGGUCGUUAGGAUGCUGCAUGUUUGAGAUUGCUGCACAUCAUCAAGCGUUCAAAGCCACUGAUAUGGCUGGACUCAUCAACAAGAUUAACCGAUCUUUGAUCUCUCCACUUCCUAUUGUAUACUCUUCAACUCUAAAACAGAUCAUCAAGAGCAUGCUUAGGAAGAGCCCGGAACACAGGCCAACCGCCGCCGAGCUUCUGAGACAUCCCCAUUUGCAGCCGUUCCUCCUCAAAUGCCACAACCCGUCCGCUGUCUUCCUUCCUGUCAAAUCGCCCUCCCCGAAAAAAUCGAACGAAAAGACCAAAAAGCCUUCCCCAGCCAGCAGCACAUCCAGCCCAAGAAAAGACCCGAAAGAAAAGAGAGAGAUCAUCAAGCUGAAGCACAAGGACUUGCUCCCACUAUUCCAAGAAAACACGGACGUUCAGUACCCGAACCUUCUGCUCGACACCGAUUUCAUGAUCAACGAAAAGCUCGAGACGAAGCGUGUGGACCCCACAAGCUAUUCCGGGAAAAUAUCUCACGACAGCGAGGAUUCAAAGAGCGGGGCCACCAGUUGUGAGAAUUUGGAUUUGAUGGUGCCUCCUCCAAACGAGCCGCAACAAGAACAUGACGAAAAAAAAUCAGAGAACAGUACUGCUGACCAUGAGAAUGUAGAAAAAGGAACGGAUAAAAACGAACCUCUGGUCGGGCCCCACUCGACUGAGGAGAAAGUGGAAGCAAAGGUGGAAAAAGCAGCUCCCGAGAAUGCUGAUGUCACCUUUGUCCAAGAAAACGAGAGAUCAACCGAAGAAGAAAAUGGAGGUAAAAGUAAAACUGAUGGUGCCGAGGAAAAUUUACUGGAUAAUAAUGAGGUUACUAUUACAACUGGCUUAAGUGGAAAUGGGAAAGGAGGAGAAGAAAAGCAGCUGUUGAGCCGAGAGUCGAUCGAGGACUCAUUGUCUCAUCUGCCUGGUUUACAGAGGGCGGAUGCUUUGGAGUCGUUGCUCGAGCUUUGCGCAAGGUUGCUUAAACAGGACAAAUUUGACGAGCUGUCGGGCGUGCUGAAGCCGUUCGGGGAGGAAAUUGUUUCCUCUAGAGAGACAGCAAUUUGGCUGACAAAGAGCUUGAUCAAUGCACAAAAGUUGGAAAAGGAGAAAUCAUAA